GCCGGAGUAUCAUAGAUGUGGGAACGGAACGGAGAAAAGAUGUCAGCGGCGGUGGUUCAGAUGUCCUGCCGAUACCGGGGCAUGUUAGCGGUCAGAGCCGCCGGCAUCAGGACGCUCAUGCCCGGGCUGGUCCCGGCGCAGUUCCGAGCCUUCUCGGUGCGGAAGGAACCCGAACUGGAGGAGAACCCGUUCUACAACAAGUACCAGGAAAAGAUCCAAAUGCUGCGCAGUGCCAAGCCCCAGGAGUUCAAGGCUCGGCUGGAGAAAAGGCAAGAGGCAAAGAAAGAAGUGCUGGGCCACUCCAAGCAGGCAGAGUUUGUGCGGUUCAUGGAGCAGGAGGCGGGAAAAAAAGGGAAGACGUCCGGCAGUGAUGGAGUAUCAGGAGGUUUUACCAAGAACAAGACUUUGUCGUCCAUCCUGAAUCUUCAGAUGAUCGAGGACAAAACGGGGGAGGAGGUGGCAGAGCUGUGGAUGAAAUAUUAUUCAAGUAAAGACACAAUCAGCGCCGCCAUCCCAUCAAACAUCUAUGAGGUGAUGUUCAGCAGAUCCAAGUCCUGCCCCAUGUUUCUUUACGCGCUUCCUCGGAAGGAGGGUUACGAGUUCUUUGUGGCUCAGUGGUCCGGACAUGAGCUCCACUUUACGUCCCUCAUCAACGUCCAGACUCUCGGGGAGAACGCGCCCAGUCAGCUCAUCCUCUACCAUUACCCGGAGCUGAAGGAAAGGAAGGGCGUGGUGCUCAUGACGGCAGAGAUGGACUCCAAGUUUGUAACUGUCCAAGAGGCUCAGUGCUUGGCCAAUCAGGUGCAGCUGUUUUACGGCACGCAGAGGCAGGAAACGUACCGAUUGGUGGAGACCUUCAACCAUCACCCCGCCGACUUCAAACACAUGUCGGUGAUAGCAGAGCUGGAGCAGAGCGGGCUCGGUUCUGCUUCUCCACAGCUUUCCUGAGAGUACUCAGGACGACCCAAAGUUUGGUUUCAGCUGCUGCCGUCUUGAUACCGCUGUCUGCCGCGGUCUGUACACAAACUGAGAGGACAAAUGGUGGAAAGUGUAGCGGCUGAAGGAACUAGGAGCUCUGGAAGGACUUGAUACCACAGUAUCACCAGGAUAUUCAGAUGUUUUGGUUCCUUUAGGGUCCAAAAUGCAUGACUCUAGAAUCCUCACAGAUUUCUUUUACUCCUGAGGAGCUCAAAUUGUUUGUGCUGUCAUUCAAGUGUGCAAAACACAAUGAAAUGUCCAAGAAUCUUUUCCUGGGUGGCUGUCUGAGUUUUGUGGCAAAACUUGCCUUCUUCCUGACCUUUGAUGGGGCGCCAUCAGUGACCAGACUGUCAUCAUGUGACCAGUUCCCUCCAACAUUGUCCAGUGCAGUAACUAGAGAGCUGCCUAUGUCAUCAGCUGUUGUGUCCAUCACAGGAACAAGCUCAAGAAACUCGGCUGUGACGCUGUCUUCAAAACCUCUAACUAAUAUGCACAGCUGUGCAACAUCUGUGAUGUUGGUGCAAUAAAUAGCAACCGAAAAUGCAA